UCUAGUGUGAGAGGGUUUUGGGUUGGGGUUUGCAAAUUGCAAUUGCAUAGUUUGAGAGGUAUAAUGAAUUCAUUCAUGUGUUCAUCAUAAACGGAAACUCCCUCACUCAACUCUUAACCAACAUUAUCCCAUUCCCAAUGAAGGUUUAGCAUCACACACACAAUCUUGUAAGUCUAUUUUCCUUUUCGCUUAAUAUACUUCAUUUUUCUGUGAAGAAUUAUUGAUUUCAUUUCAUGGAGCCUAAACAAUUAUUGCUUUCUUCUUCACCCAAACUCUCUUUUUUAUCAUCAUCUUCUACCCCUUUAUCAUUCUUCAUCUCAAAUAAACUUCCUUUUCUUCAAAAACCUAACCUUUCUCUCAAACUUCAUUCCUCCCUCCAAAAAUCCCAAUUUUUCGGAACCAAUUUGCGUUUGUUUCAGUCUGAAUCAUCGCAUUUCGGUGGGCCCAGAUUUCAAUUUGUGCCUAUAAGAGCAGCCGUGAAGAGAAGGAAAGAGCUUCCAUUUGAUAAUGUCAUACAAAAAGACAAGAAGCUCAAAUUUGUUCUCAAGGUGAGGAAAUUACUAGUGAGUACACCUAAUAGGGUUAUGUCUCUUCAAGAACUAGGUAAGCAUAAAAGAGAAUUAGGGUUAGACAAGAAGAGAAGAUUAAUUGCAGUUUUGAGGAAAUUUCCUGCUGUGUUUGAGAUUUUGGAAGAAGGGUGUUACUCUCUUAAAUUCAAAAUGACUUCUGAGGCUGAAAGGCUUUAUCUUGAGGAAUUGAGGGUUAGGAAUGAAAUGGAAGAUGUGGUAGUUACAAAACUUAGGAAAUUGUUGAUGAUGUCGUUGGAAAAACGGAUUUUGUUAGAGAAAAUUGCACACUUGGCAAAUGAUUUGGGACUUCCGAGGGAAUUUCGCGACACCAUUUGUCAUAGAUAUCCACAGUAUUUCAAAGUUGUUGAGACUGAAAGAGGCCCUGCACUUGAAUUAACACAUUGGGAUCCUCAGCUUGCUGUUUCUGCAGCCGAGCUAUCUGCAGAGGAAAAUCGAAUUAGGGAGAUGGAAGAGCAGAACUUGAUCAUAGACAGGCCUGCUAAAUUCAACAGAGUUAAGCUUCCUAAGGGUCUUAAUCUUUCCAAGGGUGAGAUGAGGAAGAUAAUGCAGUUCAGAGACUUGGCAUAUGUAUCGCCUUACUCGGAUUUCUCAAUGCUUGGUUCUGGAUCGCCGGAGAAAGAGAAGCAUGCCUGUGGCGUUAUUCAUGAGAUUUUGAGUCUUACACUUGAGAAGCGAACUCUUGUUGAUCAUUUCACUCAUUUUCGAGAGGAGUUUAGAUUCUCUCAGCAAUUGAGAGGGAUGUUGAUAAGGCACCCUGAUAUGUUUUAUAUAUCUUUGAAAGGAGACAGGGAUUCUGUGUUCCUUAGGGAAGCAUAUCGAAAUUCAGAGUUGGUAGACAAGGAUAGAUUGUUACUUAUAAAGGAGAAACUUCGCUCUCUGGUUAAUGUUCCACGAUUUAUUAAGGGUAGGGGUGCUGGUCGCACAAGAGUUGGAGAUGGCAUGGAAGAGAAUGAUAUUGAUAGCAGACAAGAUCAAAGGGGUGAAGAGGAACGAGAAUGGUCAGAUGCUGAUGAUUUUGUGAGUGAAGAUGAUGACGGCGACGAUGAUGCUGAUGAUGACUGGAUUGAUGAUGAUGAUGAUGAUGAUGAUACUCCACCAGAUUUUGAUGAGGAGGAAACUGGAACAUUGGUGAUUGAAAAGGGAAAGACAAUAAUACAAGUUCAAGAUGCAAGAAAGAAUAAUGAAAAGAAGGUCCUUGUUCCAACACUCCAUGAUGGUCGUCCUAGAGAACGGUGGUAAUCUUUAAAAGGCUUUUAAGCUCAAGCUCAGAAUUUUCCAUGAAAGAAAGCAUUUGGCUGAUUAAUUUGUUGUGGUGGAUACUUUAGGAAAUGUGUUUGCCUCCACUAUCUUGAAAGAAUAUGAACAUCCUUCUUUGACCAUCCAUCAUGGUUCUUGAAUUUUCUCUUAAACAACAAAGGAGAUAUUAUGUUGAUAUGUUCAACUCAAACCGAAAUGUCCAACUGAUGUAGAUUUGACUAUAUAUCUGUUGCUUGCUUUACUGUAUAAUAGAUUGAUGCUUCUUAGAAAGUAUUGUCUUUGAAACUUAUAUUUGAACAGCCAAGUGGAAUGAAUGAUUUAAUUAAUUAAGCAAAAGGUUCAAUUGAGUGAUAUUUGUUGCUGCA